CUUUACAAACCUAAAAUGUGUUUUUGUGUGUUUCCCACCAGAUGUGUCUGUGUUUCCACUAAAAUACUCCAAACUGAGGAGGAAAAAAGGCUUAAUGGAGGCAACAGGAAGUCCAGAGACAGCCAGGUUCUUAUGGGUUCAGCAUAAAUCAGCAGAUCUUUGUUGGACUUUUGUGUUUUUUGGUUCAUAACUUUAUGAAACAUCCACCACAGACUGGGAGAUUUUCCUUUUUCACAUGUUCCCCGCCUCAUGUCCUCCAUCCUUCCAGGCGUUUGUGCGCCGAGGAUGAUGGGAGAUGCAGCUGGAUGUGACUCCCCCUGCACGCUCUCCCUCUCCUCCCUCCCCGGCGCUGUUGGGAGGUAGAGGAGGACAUCUCAUUUAGUUUCUAACUGUUGCGGCGCUCGCUGCAGCCCUCUCUCUCUCUCGCUCAGACACAAAUCGGCGGCGGAAAAUCCUGACCGCAGUUCUGACGGAGCUGCUUUUGAAGAAAAAGGGAGGAAGACGAGGGGAGGUUGUCGUCGUCUGAAGUUCAGAGAUGGAGCCGCAUGGGGAGAAGAUGAAGGUGCGGAGAAAUGCUGGGAAGGAUUCUGCUCAGUAAAGUUUGUGGAUAUUUCUGAGAGGAAUCCGUUUUUUGUUCUUUUGGGGGGAAAGGAGUGGACGGCUGAGAGCCCGCAGGUGAGACGUUGCCGAAAGAGCUCCCCCCCCCCCGAAGCAUGGCCGCCGCCAUCAACCCUUCACCCUGCCACUUUUUCCUCUUCUUCGUCUUCUCCCAUCUGGUUUCCCCUCCAGCUCUCGCUCAGGACGACUCCUCCUCCAAGGUGGCCGUACCAAAGGGCGGCUCCUUCGCCGUCCCCACCGAGCUGAACAACCGGACUUCUGAGGAGACCACGCAGAGCUCUCCCCCAGAGACGGGACUCUCCACUCCCAGCAGUGGGGGAGACGCGGAUGACGAAGACCUCCCCCCAGCCGGGGGGACGCGCUGCCAGGGUUACUACGACGUGAUGGGCCAAUGGGACCCCCCAUUCAACUGCAACGCCGGCGUCUUCCUGUACUGCUGCGGGACCUGCUUUUACCGCUUCUGCUGCCAGUUCCGGCAGCAGAGGCUGGACCAGACCAUCUGCUCCAACUACGACUCGCCGAUCUGGGCCAACACCGGCAAGCCGGUGGCCACCAUCACGGAGGGCCAGGCGGACCAGGACCGGGACCGCACCCACCUCAUCGUUUACAUCAUCUGCGGGGUGGUGGCCGUCAUGGUGCUGGUGGGCAUCUUCACCAAACUGGCCGUGGAGAAGACCCGCGGAGGAAGUGGUCGGGGGGCGGGGCCUCCUCAGCCUGACAUCAACACCAGGAUACUGACGGACCUCCUGAAGCAGCAGGGAAGUGAAGCCAGCUCCUUGGAGAACACCAUGAGCAGCUCCCCCGGCGGCGGCGGCGGCGGCGGUGGCGGCAGAGGAGCCAACGGCGUUUCGACCAGGAUGCUGCGCAGCAGAAGUGAACAGUACCAGCUGAAUAACUCCGCCUACGGGCAGAUUGGACAAGGGCUUCCACAUCCACAGAGCAACCACAGCACCCUGGGGCUGGGCAAGUACACCUCCCUCAAAGCUGUGGCUGAAACUGCGUCCCGCAGCCACUACAAGAGCUUCCCGGUCAUGGACUUCUCCCAGUACCAGCACGCUCCCGCCUUCCAGCCGGUGCAGCCCAAAGAGAAGUCCUACAUCCACCAGCCCCUACCGGCGCACCCCGACUUCCACAGCCCGCUCUCCAUCUCCAUCCCCUCCAGCAACCUGGAGCAGUGCCGCCUCCCCAAGACCACCACGCACCCCUUCAUCUCCAGCUCGGCCUUCAAAGCCUGGGAGGCGACGGACCGCCACGUCCACAGGCAGACCUCCGUCCCCGCAAACAACUCCUCGUCCCUGCACGGCUCCCGGAGACACGGCCACUCGACGCGGCGGCAGCGGAGCAUAGAGGACACGCCGGAGGUCUUCAACCAGCCCUACGGGGGGGCCUACAGAGGAGCCGGGCAGGGGCAGCCCGUCCAACACCAGCCUUCGUAUUACCGCAACGCCAGGCAGAAGAGCUACUCCACCCACAGUGCAACCGAGGUGACCGUGUGACCGCCUCGGAGACCACGUCCUGCUGCGGCGGUCGGCGCCGAACCUCCAGCGGGACACUAUACUCAACAAACCGAGAGGCACGGGCGUUUCAACACUCACUCCUGCCCUCCUCAAAGGUCACCCGGGCUUCACACUCCACCAAAGCGGUUCCACGCCUGCAGACGAGACGGUGGAGUUCUUAGAAGGGAGAGCGUGGAUUUGUCCGUGUUCACGUGACAAGGUCAUCUAUCUCCGAGCGGAGGUCAAACGCCACGCUUUACUACGGCUCACAAUGUUCCAACAAUUCAACAUGGCCGACGUUUUCUUCAUCCUCUGAUGACGGAUCGGCUUCAGAAAAGUCCAAAUAUUUUCAAGUGACUUGAUGAGUGACCCCUAAGAUAUUGGUUUUAGUUGUAUUUGACGAGAAUUUUGAAAGACGUCUUUAGUGAUCCGUCUCUGAUCGGAUCAGAAAAGUCACAUUCUCAUUGGUUUCCUGAUUUUCCUGACCUUUAGAAAAUAAAUUGGCAAAACACACUAAAAUAGAUUUAAAGAUCGUUAAAUGUGUUUGCGUAAAACAGCUGUGUUUAAAUAAAGUUAAACACUUUCAGAAACUUUCCAAAGAAAGAACUUUAUUCGGCACCUUUGUUUUUGACCUCUUCAAGUCUUACAGUGUCAACAAAUUGAACAUUUGAAGCCUAAAAGCAAAAAAUGUGGAUCAUUUUUACCUUCAACGUGUCGACACAAAUGAGGGAACAAUAAAGUUUUGUUCAAACUUUGGUGAAAACAAAGAGUGCAGCGGUGUGAGCGUCACUUUUCUGAAAGUAUCUCACUCAACCACUUGUGCUUGAACAGCUACUUCCUGUUCACACAAUCUGGAUCCAAACAAGAAUUUAUUCACAUUUGGUGUUUGUAAAGCAUCAAAAUCCUCUCGAGUCAAAGAAACAAAUCCAGCAGCUGAACAGAAUGAAAAGAAAAACAACAAACUGUUUUGUGAAGUCGUCUUCAUUCUGAUGCUUAGCAAUUUCUCAAGCAGAACCAGAGUCCAGGAAAUCGAUUACCAGGACUGAUUAGAGCCAAAGAGGACAGGAAAGAUACAAAAAAAACAGCAAAAAAAAA